AUGGUGCGAAUUACCAUGGAUCUUAUUCGAAAGCGCUCGGAGCAUAAUGAGGGGGAAAUAUCAACUCUUGAAGAAAUAUCUCUUCAUCAAGAAAACAUUGAUAAGAUCGAACUACUGGACAAGGUCUGCAGGAACUUGAAGAUCUUGCUGUUGCAGUACAACCUCAUAUCGAAAAUUGAGAAUUUAAAUAAGCUGAAGAGGUUGGAAUACCUUAAUUUAGCUCUGAAUAAUAUCGAGGUUAUCGAAAACCUCGAGGGAUUAGAAAGUCUGCAGAAGCUAGAUCUUACGGUUAAUUUUAUUGGGGAUAUACGAGGCGUCAAAACACUAAGUGGAAAUCAAAACCUAGAACAAUUGAUCUUAACCGGUAAUCCAUGCACAGAUUAUGAUGGAUAUCGAGAAUUUGUGAUAGCAACGUUACCUCAAUUAAAAGAACUAGAUAUGCAACCAAUAGAAAGAUCGGAGCGCAUAAAAGCUCUACAAAAGUACGCCGAGGCUUAUGAUAACGUCACUAGGGGCUACUAUAAUUAUUCAAAAAUAAGGAAAAAACAGUUACUGAAUCACCAGAAACAAAUUGGAGAGAAACUGGAAAUCUCCGAAGUGAGGGAAACUGACAAAAGCAAG